AAAGGAAUAACGUCAGAGGAAGCUGUACUAAAGCGAGGCUGCGCAGGGCGCAGAAAAGGCAGUCAGAGGGUGGCGCCUUUUUAAAGAAGAUUCCAUUUUCACCCUAAAGCUCAGGCCGUACCACCCCCCGCCCCCGUUUUCCUCCCUCUGUCAGCCUACUAUUCCCCAGCCCCACUCCUGGCACGAUCGGAUCGCCUUUAAACCAGUCGCAGCUCCAUUCCAGACGCCCUUCUUCUCAGGCCGGGCGGUGAGCUGAUGGCCCAAGUUCGGGACUUGCCCUCCGGCUCUUUGGUCCGCUGGAGCUCGGGAGGUGGGGGAGGAGCCUCUCCCGAGGAGGCGGCUGAAAAGGCGGGGGAAAUGGAGAAGGAGGCGGUGGGGGCGGCAAAAGCGUGUUCAGGCCAGGGAGCUGAGGAGAUGAAGCUGGAGCCGUUGCAAGAGCAUAAGCCUCCUCCGGAGAACAUGACGUGGAGUGACAGCGGCGGCGAUAAGAACGUGUUCCCUUCAACUCCCCCUCGCUGUUACAGCAGCUCCUCGCCCCUCUGCCCGCGCCGCAAGCCCCGUCCUCGGCCCCAACCCCGGGCCCGCUCCCGAGGCCCGCCUGGGCUCUCGGCCCCACCCCAACUUCCAUCCCAUCCUCCCCCUCCGCCUCUGACCCGACCCCAGCCCUGGCGCAGACUGCGGCGUAGAUCCAAGCAGGGGUCUAGGCCCCAGAGGCUACAAGGCUGUUUUAGUGACCUAGGUGGCUCUGGGGAUCCAGGUGGUUUAGGGGACUGGUUGCUGGAGGUGGAGUUUGGUCAGGGUCCUACAGGCUGCUCUCAUGUGGAGAGCUUUAAAGUGGCUAAGAACUGGCGGAAGAACCUGAGGUUGAUUUAUCAGCGUUUCAUAUGGAGUGGGACCCCAGAAGCUAGGAAACGUAAGGCAAAGUCGUGUAUCUGUCAUGUAUGUAGUACCCAUAUGAACAGACUACACUCCUGCCUUUCCUGUGUCUUUUUUGGCUGCUUUACUGAGAAACAUAUUCACAAACAUGCAGAAACAAAACAGCACAAUUUAGCUGUAGACCUCUAUCAUGGGGUUAUAUAUUGCUUUAUGUGUAAGGAUUAUGUAUAUGACAAAGAUAUGGAACGAAUUGCCAAAGAAACAAAAGAGAAAAAUGAGAAAUUACUAACUUCCACCUCAACAGAUGUUUCUCAACAAGAGUGUAUGACAUCAGGUGUUGAAGAGAAGCAUUCAAACUGUGAGUCAAAGGAGCAGGAGCCAAAAUUGGUGAAACCCAAGAAAAAGAGGAGAAAAAAGUCAGUCUAUACCAUAGGCCUAAGGGGUCUAAUCAAUCUAGGGAACACAUGCUUUAUGAAUUGUAUUGUCCAGGCACUUACCCAUAUUCCUCUAUUGAAAGAUUUCUUUCUCUCUGACAAGCAUAAAUGUAUAAUGACAAGCCCCAGUUUGUGUCUUGUCUGUGAAAUGUCUUCUCUUUUUCAUGCUAUGUACUCUGGGAGCCGAACUCCUCACAUUCCCUAUAAGUUAUUGCAUCUAAUAUGGAUUCAUGCAGAACACUUAGCAGGGUACAGGCAGCAGGAUGCCCAUGAGUUCCUCAUUGCAAUAUUAGAUGUGCUGCAUAGACACAGCAAAGAUGACAGCGUUGUGCAGGAGGCCAAUAACCCCAACUGCUGUAACUGCAUCAUAGACCAGAUAUUUACAGGUGGCUUGCAGUCAGAUGUCACAUGUCAAGCUUGCCAUAGUGUGUCUACCACAAUAGACCCAUGUUGGGACAUCAGUUUGGACUUGCCUGGCUCUUGUGCCACAUUUGGUUCCCAGAGUCCAGAGAGAGCUGACAGCACAGUGAGUAGGGAUGACCACAUACCAGGAAUCCCCUCACUCACAGACUGCCUACAGUGGUUUACAAGGCCAGAGUACCUAGGAAGCAGUUCCAAAAUCAAAUGCAGUACUUGCCAAAGCUAUCAGGAAUCUACCAAACAACUUACAAUGAAGAAAUUACCUAUUGUGGCCUGUUUUCAUCUCAAGCGAUUUGAACAUGUAGGUAAACAGAGGCGAAAGAUUAAUACUUUUAUCUCCUUUCCCUUGGAGCUGGACAUGACUCCGUUUUUGGCUUCCACUAAGGAGAGCAGAAUGAAAGAAGGUCAACCACCAACGGACUGUACAUCCAACGAGAAUAAGUAUUCCUUGUUUGCAGUGAUUAAUCACCAUGGAACUUUGGAAAGUGGACACUACACCAGCUUUAUCCGACAACAAAAGGACCAGUGGUUUAGCUGUGAUGAUGCCAUCAUCACCAAGGCUACCAUUGAGGACUUACUGUACAGUGAAGGGUAUUUACUAUUCUAUCACAAACAGGGUCUAGAGAAAGAUUAGUCUUGCAAGACCACUUACCAGUAAAAAAGUGAAAGAAAUAAAUAUGCCAGGAUCCUGAAGUGACACACAAACCUACCUGGAAUGGACAAUGGCAACAGCACCUAUAUGACAAGUAGCAACUUGAUAUGAAGAACUUAUUUUAUAGGUGGCUUAUGGGUCUGUAAGUGGAGAAAAUACUAGCUAGUGACCAUUCAGCCUUAAGAAAUGGGAGGAGGGAGAAGAGGUUGAAAAUGGUCACAUAAAGCAUAAUUAAGUGAAUAGAAUGCUUUAGGUGGGAAGAGUGGGAAAUGAGAUGUUCUGCCAGCGCUGUAUGUCAUUUGUUUCUACAAAAAUACCAUGAGCAAUCAGGGAGUAGUCCUACAUUAACAAAAAGCUUCACAAUUCGUGUUCUAGCUGUGGCUGAUUAGUCAAAUAGUUUUUAAAAAGAAUAUUGUAAAGAUAUUUUUUAAAAGUCUUAAAACAGUU